AUGCCCGACCCUCUAGACCCAUCUGCCAACCUACAACGGCUCCCUCUCACGAACGAACAGGUGUGGCGCUGCACGACUGCGCUGAAGGUGUUUGAGAGGAAGCUCACGCAGCCGAACGUGAUUUCCAACGAGUUCAAAUCCCUCCCGGCAAGAAAGGAUGUGCUCCUGAACACAAGAUUGUUUACUGCUGCUCGUGAUCGUGCUAAUUAUUUCGAGAGAAACCGCCACGUAGAUUUUUUGCCAUUCGAUGAAAACAGAGUACGAAUACGGGCAUCGAUACGCAAUCAGACUUCAAGCAACAACUACAUCAAUGCAAGCCUCAUAAAGCAGACUGAUGGUAAAGAUCAAACAAAAUUCAUAUGCACUCAAGGUCCACAAUACAAUACAGUCGAAGAUUUCUGGCAGAUGGUCUAUGAAAAUCGCUGCCCUGUGAUUGUUAUGGUUACCCCAUUUGCUGUUGGCAAGUGUGACGAGUAUAUUCCACUGGACAAGGGACAAGGAGUUUAUGGAAAUUUUAAAGUUUGGAUCAGGAAUACUGUACAAGAUGGUCAGUUAGUGUUGCGUGGUUUAUGGUUCAAAGACGUCAAUGCUCAGUCAAUUAGACGCCGCUCUGUUCUCCACAUUCAGUACUCUGACUGGCCCGACCAUGGUGUGCCAAACAACAGUACUACUGUUCGACAGAUUAUAAACAGAUUACGUCACAUUCCAAGAGAGCAUCCAAUAGUUGUACAUGGCAGCGCGGGCAUCGGAAGAACUGGUACUUGUAUCACCAUCUUGAAUACGAUCGAGAGGAUUCUGGGUGGUAAAUUUGCUGCUUUGGAUCUUGAUGAAACUGUCAGAAAAUUCAGAAACCAGCGUGUUGGAAUGGUUGAACGAGAGGAACAAUACAUGUUUUGCUAUUCUACAAUUGCAGAUGAACUGACCGAGCUGGUAUCGAAUUCGGGACACUGAAUUCCUGUUGUGGUAACUUUAAUUCAAAAAGACGUUUGAGAUAUGACUUGCACAAUAUUUUUAUUAGAAACAUAUACUUCCUUGUACCCUGUACUGAAUGGACCUCCAUCUGUUGCCCCUCCAUUUGAUGAUCCGAAGUGUCAUCGCUUCGAUCUUGUUGGUGACCUUGUCGUGAAGUGUCAUCGCUUCGAUCUUGUUGGUGAUCACACCAAGGUUCCAUGUACCCUCCACUGUACCUUGCUCUAUAUUCACACGUAUACGAAGCUUGUUCCAAA